AAAAAUCGAAAAGCCUUUGAAGCAAAGAAGAAGAGCAGAGGAAAAAAAAAAAAUCAAAAACCCUUUUUCACUUGUUCGCACUGUUUCUUCCUCAUGGCGAACAAUCCUUCGCAGCUUCUUCCAUCAGAGCUAAUCGAUAGGUGCAUAGGAUCGAAGAUAUGGGUUAUAAUGAAAGGAGAUAAGGAGCUCGUUGGUACUCUCAAAGGAUUUGAUGUUUAUGUCAACAUGGUCCUUGAAGAUGUCACCGAAUAUGAGAUUACAGCUGAAGGAAGACGGGUUACAAAGCUUGAUCAGAUCCUGCUCAAUGGAAAUAACAUAGCCAUUUUGGUGCCAGGGGGGUCUCCUGACGAUGGAGAAUGAGAUUUGCUGCUUUGUGUGUUCAGAAUUGUGUGAGGAAGGAUGUAACUUUUGGUUUUAGAUUAACACUUUGUUCACAGAAAAGUAGUAGUUGAUUUCUAAACUCAGAAUGACCAAGUUUUCUUUGUUCAACAAUGUGAAAGAGAGCUACAAGCAUCAUAUUUAUUAGA